CCCACAGCCGGUCUGCGCGGGGGGUGCCGAGGAGGCCUCCCAGAUGUUUGGAACUGUCCCUGGAGUUGUAGCCCUUCGCUACCUUCUUCCUUCUGAGGGAUCCCGAAACCUCUAUCAUGGAGAAGUACCACGUUUUGGAGAUGAUUGGAGAAGGCUCUUUUGGGAGGGUGUACAAGGGUCGCCGAAAAUACAGUGCUCAGGUGGUGGCUCUGAAGUUCAUUCCAAAAUUGGGACGCUCAGAGAAGGAGCUCAAGAAUCUGCAACGAGAGAUUGAAAUCAUGCGGGGUCUCCGUCAUCCCAAUAUUGUGCAUAUGCUUGACAGUUUUGAGACUGACAAAGAGGUGGUGGUGGUGACAGACUAUGCUGAGGGAGAGCUCUUUCAGAUCCUGGAAGAUGAUGGAAAACUUCCCGAAGAUCAGGUUCAGGCCAUUGCUGCUCAGUUGGUAUCAGCCCUAUACUAUCUGCAUUCCCACCGCAUCCUCCACCGAGACAUGAAACCUCAGAAUAUUCUUCUUGCCAAGGGUGGUGGCAUCAAACUCUGUGACUUUGGAUUUGCCCGGGCUAUGAGCACCAACACGAUGGUGCUAACAUCCAUCAAAGGCACACCGCUCUAUAUGUCUCCAGAGCUGGUGGAAGAGCGACCGUAUGACCACACUGCGGACCUCUGGUCUGUGGGUUGCAUCCUGUAUGAGCUGGCUAUAGGCACCCCUCCCUUCUAUACCACAAGCAUCUUUCAGCUGGUCAACCUUAUCCUCAAGGACCCUGUGCGCUGGCCGCCUACCAUUAGUCCUUGCUUCAAGAACUUUCUGCAAGGACUUCUCACCAAGGACUCUCGGCAGCGUCUGUCUUGGCCAGACCUCUUACAUCACCCCUUUAUUGCUGGUCGUGUCACCAUAAUAACGGAACCAGCUGGCCCAGAUUUGGGAACACCAUUCACCAGUCGCCUACCUCCAGAACUUCAGGUCCUGAAGGACCAACAGGCUCAUCAGCUGGCCCCUAAGGGCAGUCGAUCUCGUAUCUUACGACAAGCCUGUAAGCGCAUGGCUGAGGAGGCCAAGCAGAAGAAACAUCAGGACACAGGGCCUGCUGUUGAUCGAGAAGAAAUGAUCAGCACGGUGACUUCUGAUACUGUCCCUCCGUCCAAACUGAAGAGCACGCCUCAGGAAUCAGGCCUCUUGGCUGGGAUCUUGGCUUCAGAAAUGAGGAGCAGCUGGGCUGAGUGGGGGGCUGGAGAGGCCCCCCCUGCACCUCGGGAAAGCAGGAUCAUCCAGGACUGUGAACGAACAUUCCCAGAGUUAAGGCCAGAGGUGAUGGGCCAGCAGAGCGUGGAGGCUGUGGACCUAGAAAAUGAGGACCCAGACAGUGAUGAUGAGUGGGAACACCUCCUGGAAAGCACCGAGCCUGUGCCUGUCCAGCUGAAGGCUCCUCUCACCUUGCUGUGUAACCCUGACUUCUGCCAGCGCAUCCAGGGUCAGCUGCUCGAGGCUGGAGGGCAGAUCUUGAGAGGCAGCCUGGAGGGUGCCUCCCGUAUCCUGCCUGCGCUCCGGGUCCUGAGCAGUCUUCUGUCCGGUUGCAGUGACGCUGUUCUUUUGUAUUCCUUCUGCCAUGAGGCAGGACUCCCGGGGCUGCUGCUCAGCCUCCUCAGACACAGCCAGGAGAGCAGCAGUGUCCAGCAGCAAUGCUGGUAUGCGACUUUCGGACAGGACUUGAUGGCUGCAAUUCAGGCCUACUUUGCCUGUACCUUCAAUCUGGAAAGGAACCAGACAAGUGACAGCCUACAGGUAUUUCAGGAGGCUGCCAACCUCUUUUUGGACCAGUUGGGGAAACUGCUGGCUCAACCCGAUGACGCUGAGCAGACUUUGCGGAAAGAUGGCCUCAUGUGCUUUACUGUUCUGUGUGAAGCCAUGGAUGGGAACAGCUGGGCCAUCUCCAGAGCCUUUUACUCCAGCCUGCUGACGACCCAGCAUGCCGUGUUGGAUGGGCUUCUUCAUGGCUUGACAGUUCCACAGCUCCCUUUCCACACGCCCCCAGGUGCCCCCCAAGUGAGCCAGCCACUGCGAGAGCAGAGUGAGGACCUGCCUGGAGUCAUUUCCUCUGUGCUGGCAGCCAUAUGCACUGCUCCUGUAGGGAUGCCCGGUUGCUGGGAAGCCAAGGAGCAGAUCUCUCGGCAUCUGGCAAAUCAACUCACUGAAGACAGCAACCAGCUGAGGCCGUCCCUCAUCUCUGGCUUGCAGCAUCCUGUCCUGUGCCUCCACCUUCUCAAGGUGCUUUACUCCUGCUGUCAUGUCAGCGAGCGCCUCUGCCAGCUCAUAGGCCAAGAGCCCCUGGCCUUGGAGUCACUGCUGAUGUUGGUCCAGGGCAAGGUGAAGGUCGCAGAUAGGGAAGAAUCGACUGAAGUGACGCUCUACCUCCUCUCCCUCCUUGUACUUCGACUACAAGAUUUGCCUUCUGGAAUGGAGAAGCUAGGCGGUGAGAUUGCUACCCUCUUCACCCAUUCGCACGUCGUCUCUCUUGUGAGCGCAGCGGCUUGUCUUUUGGGGCAGCUUGGCCAGCAUGGUGUGAGCCUGGAUCUCCAGCCUGUGGACUGGAUCGCUGCAGCCACACACGCCCUGUCUGCUCCCGCAGAGGUUCGGCUGACUCCUCCAGGUGGCUGUGGGUUCUAUGAUGGUCUCCUCAUCCUUCUGCUGCAGCUUGUCACCCAGGAACAGUUGCAUCCUAGGAUGGGGGAACAGGGGAAAGGUAGCCUGAUACGGGAUGUGGCUGGCUCAGAAAUGUGGACUGUUCUGUGGCACCGCUUCUCCAUGGCUUUGAGGCUGCCCAAGGAGGUGUCCACCCAGGAGGAGGAGCUGUCUCUAUCCAGUCUACAAAGCUCUGAGCCAGACUGGACGCUCAUCUCACCCCAAGGGAUGGUUGCCCUACUGAGCCUGGCCGUGGCCAUCUUUACCCAGGAGCCCCAGUUAUGCCUCAGCCACCUUUCACAGCGUGGAAGUGUCCUCAUGUCCACCCUGAAGCAUCUCCUUUCCCCCAGCUUCUUGUAUCAGCUGGGCCAAGCGCCUCAUGGGUCUGAGUUUCUCCCCGUCAUGGUGCUCUCAGUCUGCCAACUCUUCUGCUUCCCCUUUGCCCUGGAUGUGGACUUCAACCUCCUUGUAGGUGUCUUGGCUGAUCUCACAAACUCUGAAGUCACAGCCCACUUACUGCAGGUGUGCUGCCAUCAUCUUCAGUUGCCACAAGUGGAGCUGCCCAUCAGUCUCCUCACACACCUGGCCCUCACGGAGCCCACCUCUCUCAACCAGUUUGUGAACGCAGUGGCUGCCUCCCCCAGAGCAGUCCUCUCAUUCCUCUCGCUUGCUCUCCUGGGUGACCAGCCGCUAUUGACGUCUGACCUCCUCUCACUGCUGGCCCACACAGCCCGGAUGCUGUCUCCCAGCCACUUGUCCUUUAUCCAAGAGCUCCUGGCUGGCUCCGACGAAUCCUAUCGACCCUUGCGCAGUCUCCUAGGCCAUCCAGAGAAUGCCGUACGGGCGCGCACUUAUGGGCUCCUGGGACACUUGCUCCAACACAGCGUGGCCCUGCGAGGGGCCCUGCAGAGCCAGGCUGGCCUGCUCAGCCUUCUCUUGCUGGGGCUUGAGGACAAAGACCCCACCGUGCGGCGCUGUGCCAGCUUUGCCGUGGGCAACGCAGCCUACCAAGCCGGUCCCCUGGGCCCUGCCUUGGCAGCCGCGGUACCCGGCAUGACCCAGCUGCUUGGAGAUCCUCAGGCUGGUAUCCGGCGCAAUGCUGCGUCAGCUCUGGGCAACUUGGGGUCUGAGGGGUUGGGAGAGCAGCUGCUACAGUGCCAAGUACCUCAGCGACUCCUUGAGAUGGCGUGUGGAGACCCCCAGCCGAGCGUGAAGGAGGCCGCCCUCAUUGCCUUGCGCAGCCUCCGGCAGGAGCCCCGCAUCCAUCAGGUGCUGGUGUCCCUGGGUGCCAGUGAGAAAUUAGCUUUGCUCUCCCUGGGGAGUCAGCUGUUGCCACACAGCAGCCCCAGGCCUGCGUCGGCCAAACACUGCAGGAAACUCAUUCGCCUCCUGAGGCCAACCCACAGCACAUGAUGCCCGGCUCCCAGGGCCCAGCCUCCAACCCGGUUGCCCUACUCUUGCCAAGUCUUCCAUUUUCUACACUACAAGCUACCAAUUCAACGGAGAGCUAAAGUGAUGAGAAAGAGAAACUGCCAACUGAUUGGAGAUUGAGACAUUGGAAAGAUUUAUGUAUAAAGCUCCUUCCCCGCAGAUUCGGAUGCUAGCAACAAGUAAACUUCAUUAUUGUUGGUGCCAGAGGAGAUUGCUUCCGUCUCUUCAUCUUGGGGUCUUCUCUCCAAUAACGUGCCUUGAACCCCAGGAACAUGCCUCCUGGACCUUUGGGAAACACCUUCUUUCUGACAGACCUUGUCUUUCUGAAACUCCUACAAUCCUCCCAGCAGAUUCUUGCCCUGGCCACAGGGGGAGACAGAGCCUACGUAGCUCUGGACAGUCCCUGUGGUGGAGGGUUCCCCAGCCCAUAGCUACCUCCCCACAUGUGGAUGGGGGUGGGGAGUGUGUGUGUAUAUGUAUAUGUAUAUAUACAGACACGUGUAUGUAUGUGUGUAUGUAUGUAUUAGUUCUGUUUGUAAACUCUUGCCAUAACAGGUGUGCUUCACUCUACUUGGAGCUGCCAGGGUAGGGAGUUAGGAGGCUCAGCUCCUCCGUUAGUAUUUCCAUGGUACUGGAAGCACCGAUGUCCUUUUCACCUAGAUCCUGGUUUGAAAGCUUAUUUGUAUCAAGUAGCUUCCUCCACCCCAGAUAGUUAUAUGUGGUCACUACUUUCAAGUUCAGGAAGGUAGUGCUAAAAUAGGAAAGGAAGGUUAAGUAGAAGCAAAUUGGAUUGCUUCAAAUCUAAAGCUUAGUGACUAGUUUUACUAUUGAAUGACGUUUUAGUAGGAGAGCCUAGGUCCUCAGGAAGCAGUUUUUUAUGGAGACUGCAGACGACCAGGAAGGGGUGAUUGUCAGGCCCCAUUAGAAUCGUAGUUCAGCUGCAAACAUAACUAAAGUAUUAGGUCUUGACUUGCUGGAUGGCUUGGAACAAGUUUCCCAGGUCCUCAUUUCUCCAUCUAUUGAAAGACUAUUCCGUCCUAAAUUUCUAAAACAAAUCUCAACUAUUUUAGUUACGAAAA